AUGCAGAUGGUGUUGCGUCAACUGAAGCAAUUUGAGGAAUCAGGAGAAUAUCUGAAUGUGCGUCAAUUCAUCGACGCCAAAUAUGGACUCUGGUCAGAAGACCGCAAAAUGGCAGACCGAGCUGCAAUGGAGGCUCAUAUUGCGAAUCAAGAUGCUUUCAUUGAAAAGGGUUAUUACCCCUGGGAUGAGCCCUCAGAGACCGGUUCUGAAAAUGGUUCCAAGCCCAGGUCUAUCCGCUACACCUACAGAGUUCAAGGCGCUAAGACUUUAGAUGAUGCCCUUUUGGAAUCAGAUCAAUGCGAUGAACCUGAGUCAUCCACCACCUCUGAUUCACAGCCGCAGCCAAACGCCUCUGACCAUUAG